CAGACAGGCGAGGAGAGAGUCAAAGUGCAGGAGCAAGGAUGAUGUCUCUACUACCCCGGCGGGGGCUCGCGAUCGCGAUGCAACAAACCCGCGCCACCGCCGCCGUCUACCGCGCCCCCGUGGCCCUUCUCCACACCACGGACAAGAAGCAGGAGCAGUCCAGCAAGGUACAGGACAUGCGCAAGCCGACCAGCUCCGAGCUGACGAGAGCAGAGAAUGUGGACCAGCUCAUGCAGCAGGGAAAGGGCGGGGUUGAGUUCGUGGUUUCGAAGGUGGACGAUCUGGUGAACUGGGCGAGGAAGGGGUCGCUGUGGCCGAUGACGUUCGGGCUGGCCUGCUGCGCCGUGGAGAUGAUGCACUCCGCUGCCUCGCGCUACGACCUCGAGCGCUUUGGGAUGGUGUUCCGGGCGUCGCCCCGGCAGUCGGACGUGAUGAUCGUGGCAGGCACCCUGUGCAACAAGAUGGCACCAGCGCUGCGUAAGGUUUACGAUCAGAUGCCCGAGCCGCGUUGGGUGGUGUCCAUGGGGUCUUGCGCGAACGGGGGUGGCUACUACCACUACUCGUACUCGGUCGUACGUGGCUGCGACCGCAUCGUGCCGGUGGACAUCUACGUGCCGGGUUGCCCGCCGACCGCGGAGGCUCUUCUUUACGGCCUUCUCCAGCUGCAGAAGAAGAUCAAGGGGAACAAGUCGUUGUUGCUCCGGUUGAAGAAGUAGCGCGUUUUUUUUUAUCUCUCUGCUGGUGUUGUGAGGAGGCACGCGGCGACUUUAUCUCUUGUUGUCGUUCACGGUUUAACCGUGUGUCGUCGUUGCUGUUUGUGUAAUGCCGCCGCGGGGGGUACAGACAAAUGGCUUUGUUUGGGGCUGGGUGUCCGCUCAACGGGGUGUGAUUAGGCACAGAUCUGUAGAAGCCCCCAGUCAGUGCUGACUAAUGGUCUGGUGGUUUUGGAACAUGCUGGUAUGCAUACAAUCGAAGAAACACUACAAUACCCAUUCGAGAUAGACCACAGUAGUCGAAGGGGAUGUGUGGAGGUCUUUACAUUGAGUUGGAAGAAAACCGGUGGGAUAAAAGGGGCAUAUUUAGGGUCUUUUUAAGCCUAUUCACUGACUGAAUUUCUAUCAGUGAUGCCAGCGGGCGCUGAUCACAAAAUCACAGUUUGUACAGGUAUAGGUACAAAUCACAAGACAUCUCCUCUGUAGCCUUCUAUCGAUUGGGUCGACGACACAAACAUCGGGGAGAAACCCUCCGUUAGGUCGUGUGUUGUAGCAUUCUGCCUUGACGGGAACAAGUUUGAUCUGUAGACUUGCCUGUGCAAACCAUGCUGGAAAGGAUGGAUCUAAGGGAACAAGCUGUACCGCAACCGCACUCGAUACCAAUGGUACGUACCGUGAUUUCGGUGGAAAACAUG